AUGGCGGUCCUCCUCGACCUCAUCCGAACGACUUCCCUAGUGGGAACACUCUGGAUACUUUGGCGUAUAGCCAAGCGCCUACUGGGCCGUUCACCCCUCGACAAUGUCCCGGGGCCAGCAUCACAGUCGUUUUUCAAAGGUAAUCUCGGCCAAUUGUUCGACAGACAUGGCUGGGACUUCCUGUAUGGGCUGGGCGUGAAGUACGGUUCGGUCGUCAAGAUCAAUGGCACUUUCGGCAGCAAACAACUCUUCGUAUUUGAUCCCUUGGCACUCAACAGCGUCGUCGUGAAGGAUCAGUACGUUUACGAAGAACCAGAGGAAGUUUUGGCAUCUAUGCAUUUGAUGCUCGGUGAUGGACUUCUCGCGACAGUCGGUGAGCGCCAUCGCAGACAGCGGAAGCUCUUGAACCCCGUCUUCUCCGUCGCCCACAUGCGGCACAUGAUACCCAUCUUCUACGAGAUCACUCACAAUCUCCGAGAUGCUAUUUCCACGAGGGUCAAGGACGGACCGAAAGAAGUCGACAUCCUCGAUUGGAUGGCUCGUACUGCGCUCGAACUGGUCGGGCAGGCCGGUCUUGGCUACUCCUUCGACCCCCUCAUCAGAGACGAGGCGGACUCGUACGGGGAGGCCAUCAAAGCCAUCGUCCCGACUAUGUUCCCGCUCAGGCUUGUGCGUCCUCUUCUGCCGAUUUCCAUGAAGAUGGGACCGCGUGCACUCCGCAGGGCGAUUGUCAGCCUCCUCCCGAACCAGCACAUCCGCCGCGCGAAAGAGAUCUCGGACUCGCUUGACGACCACUCGCGGCGCAUCUUCGAAGAGAAGAAGCUUGCGAUGGCGAAGGGCGACCAAGCCGUCCUCCAUCAAGUCGGCGAAGGCAAGGAUAUCAUGAGCAAACUGAUGCAAGCGAACCUGCUAGCCUCUGAAGAGGACAAGUUACCCGAGGACGAGCUGUUGGGCCAGAUGACAACCUUUAUUUUUGCCGGCAUGGACACUACUUCUGGCGCCCUGGCACGCAUCCUCCAGCUGCUCGCUGAUCACCCGGACGUUCAAACAAAAUUGCGCGCGGAGAUUCUUGAAGCACAGGGAGAUGGAGAAGAUAUCUCUUACGAUCAGCUCGUCGAGCUCCCUUACUUGGAAGCUGUCUGCCGGGAGACAUUGCGACUCUAUGCACCGGUCCCGUUCCUCACUCGAACUGCGCGGAAGGACAUGAUUAUGCCUCUUUCCUCGCCUAUCCGCGGUGUCGACGGCAACAUGAUGAACGAGAUCCACGUUCCGGCGGGCACGGGAAUCAUUAUCGGGAUCCUCGCGUCGAACCGCAAUCCAGAGAUCUGGGGCCCAGAUGCGGCCGAAUGGAAGCCUGAGCGCUGGCUCACCCCUCUUCCCGAUGCCGUUAGCAAUGCACGAGUGCCCGGGGUGUAUUCGCAUCUGAUGACUUUCCUCGGCGGCAGCAGGGCUUGCAUCGGUUUCAAGUUCUCGCAGCUGGAGAUGAAGGUCGUGCUUUCAAUUCUCCUCUCGACGUUCACGUUCGCGCCUUCGGAAAAGGAGGUCUUCUGGAACAUCGCCGGUAUCCAAUACCCCACUGUAGGCCGCACAAGUCGCAAGGCGGAAAUGCCGCUGAAGGUUGGCCUCGUAAAGGCGUGA